AUGUCGUUAAGAGAAGAACUGUCAUUUGUGAACGUUUCUGAAGAUGUUCGACUAGCAAUCACUACUGCUAGUAGUAGUAUAGAAAUUUUCAUCUACAUUGUUGGCUUAUUUAUUUCGUUUACAUUCCUUUGUGCACUGUGUUUCUCAACGACACUCCAUGUGAAUUUGCGAGUUGUCCUCGGAAGUCUAACACUGUCGUUAUGCCUGACGGCGAUCUGUAAAGUUUCCAUAUCUAUCUCGAAGAUAAUUCACACUGGAUGGUCUCAGCAUGAUAUUGAUGUGCUUAUCUUCUUAUGGCGGAUUUGUAUGCCAUCCGUGGAAAAGAAACUUCGUGCUGGUAUAAUGCUGUUGUUCUACAUUAUUUGUAUCAGUACCGCUUUACUUAUAAUAUAUUUUGUACAUCGAUACAAUUUUUCCAACUGGAAAAAACGACGUGGUCUCAUGAUCUUUUCCGAAUCAUAUCAGGUGGGUCUAUGUUGGAAAGAAUGCAGUUAUCAGGGGAUUGCCAUGGGAUUACACGCUCCUAGAUAA